CGGCGGCGGCGGCGGAGCCGAGCGCGAGGAGGUGGAGCCGCGGGCUGCGGGCUCCAGCGCCUGCGUCCGCCCGGCCCGGCUUGCGCGGCGAGAGGCCGGACCGGAGCCCGGUGGCCGCGCCCGGGAACGUGUGGGGAGGGACAUGGGGCGCGCCCCGCCCCGCCCCGGCAGGCUCCCGAGCCCUCAGGGCUCCCCACUAGGCCUCCGCAGCGCCCCCUUCUUCUCGUCCGGGAUUCGGGUCCCUUACUGAGCGAGCCUCCCAAGCCGCCCGCCCAGCCAUGGCCAACGGAGUGAUCCCGCCGCCCGGGGGCGCCUCCCCUCUACCCCAGGUCCGGGUGCCCUUGGAGGAGCCCCCUCUAGGUCCAGACGUGGAGGAGGAUGAUGACUUGGGCAAGACCUUGGCUGUGAGCAGGUUUGGGGACCUCAUCAGCAAGCCCCCCGCCUGGGACCCCGAGAAGCCCAGCCGCAGCUACAGCGAGCGGGACUUUGAGUUUCACCGGCACACAUCACAUCACACCCACCACCCGCUCUCAGCGCGCCUGCCUCCACCACACAAGCUUCGGCGACUGCCCCCCACCUCUGCCCGGCACACUAGGAAGAAGGGGAAGAAGGAGAAGACCUCUGCUCCUCCCUCUGAGGGGACCCCUCCCAUCCAGGAGGAGGGGGGAGCUGGAGCAGAUGAGGAGGAGGAAGAGGAGGAAGAGGAAGGGGAGUCCGAGGUAGAACCUGUGGAGCCCCCACCGUCAGGGUCCCCACCGAAAGCAAAGUUCUCCAUUGGCAGUGAUGAGGAUGAUAGUCCUGGCCUUUCGGGGAAGGCUGCCUGCACCAAGCCUCUGCCCUCAGUGGGCCCACGCCCUGACCAGAGCCCUCAGCCUUCGCUCAGCUCUCCUAGUCCCCGUGCUCGGGUGUCCCGAGUUGCUGCUGAGAAGAGCCGUCCCUGGAGCCCAUCGGCCAGUUAUGACCUGCGGGAGCGACUGUGCCCAGGCAGUGCCCUGGGUAACCCUGGUGGUCCAGAGCAGCAGGUGCCCACUGACGAGGCAGAGGCCCAGAUGCUGGGCUCCGCAGACCUGGAUGACAUGAAGAGUCACCGGCUGGAGGACAACCCUGGAGUGCGGCGGCACUUAGUGAAGAAGCCAUCCCGGACUCAGGGAGGGAGGGGAAGCCCGAGUGGCCUGGCCCCCAUCUUGCGCAGGAAGAAGAAGAAGAAGAAGCUGGACCGGAGGCCUCACGAGGUUUUUGUGGAGCUGAACGAGUUGAUGCUGGACCGAAGCCAAGAGCCCCACUGGCGGGAGACAGCCCGCUGGAUCAAGUUUGAGGAGGAUGUGGAGGAGGAGACGGAGCGCUGGGGGAAGCCCCACGUGGCCUCCCUCUCCUUCCGCAGUCUUCUGGAGCUCAGGAGGACCAUUGCUCAGGGAGCGGCCCUCCUGGACCUGGAGCAGACCACCCUGCCAGGCAUUGCACACCUGGUGGUGGAGACCAUGAUUGUGUCUGAUCAGAUCCGGCCAGAGGACAGAGCCAGCGUCCUGCGUACUCUGCUGCUAAAACACAGCCAUCCCAAUGAUGACAAGGACAGUGGCUUUUUCCCUCGAAACCCAUCGAGCUCCAGUGUGAACUCAGUCCUGGGGAAUCAUCACCCAACCCCCAGCCAUGGCCCCGAUGGUGCAGUGCCUACAAUGACUGAUGACCUGGGGGAGCCAGCACCACUCUGGCCACAUGAUCCUGAUGCCAAGGAGAAGCCCCUCCACAUGCCUGGGGGAGAUGGUCACCGCGGGAAAAGCCUGAAGCUGCUGGAGAAGAUCCCUGAAGAUGCUGAGGCCACCGUUGUGCUUGUGGGCUGUGUGCCUUUCUUGGAGCAGCCAGCGGCAGCCUUUGUGCGGCUGAGUGAGGCUGUGCUCUUGGAGUCUGUGCUUGAGGUCCCUGUGCCUGUCCGCUUCCUCUUCGUGAUGCUGGGGCCCAGCCACACCAGCACCGACUACCAUGAGCUGGGGCGCUCCAUUGCCACUCUCAUGUCUGACAAGCUGUUUCACGAGGCUGCCUACCAGGCAGAUGACCGGCAGGACCUCCUGAGCGCCAUCAGUGAGUUCCUGGACGGCAGCAUUGUGAUCCCCCCAUCCGAGGUGGAGGGCCGUGACCUACUGCGCUCUGUGGCCGCCUUCCAGCGAGAGCUGCUGAGGAAGCGCCGGGAGCGUGAGCAGACCAAAGUCGAGACGACCACCCGGGGCGGCUACGUGGCCCCUGGGAAAGAGCUGUCUUUGGAGUUGGGGGGCUCAGAGGCAACCCCUGAAGAUGACCCCCUGCUGCGGACGGGCUCUGUGUUCGGGGGGCUUGUCCGGGACGUGAAGCGGCGCUACCCCCACUACCCCAGUGACCUGAGGGACGCCCUGCACUCCCAGUGUGUGGCCGCUGUGCUCUUCAUCUACUUUGCGGCCCUCAGCCCUGCCAUCACUUUUGGGGGCCUGCUAGGAGAGAAGACGGAGGGGCUGAUGGGCGUGUCAGAGCUGAUUGUGUCCACGGCUGUGCUGGGCGUCCUCUUCUCUCUGCUGGGUGCCCAGCCGCUGCUGGUGGUUGGCUUUUCUGGGCCGUUGCUUGUCUUUGAAGAGGCCUUCUUCAAGUUCUGCCGUGCCCAGGAUCUGGAGUACCUCACUGGCCGGGUGUGGGUUGGCCUCUGGCUGGUGGUCUUCGUCCUCGCCCUGGUGGCCGCUGAAGGCAGCUUCCUGGUCCGCUAUAUCUCACCUUUCACCCAGGAGAUCUUUGCCUUCCUCAUCUCGCUCAUUUUCAUCUAUGAGACUUUCCACAAGCUCUACAAGGUGUUCACAGAGCACCCGCUGCUGCCAUUCUACCCUCCUGAGGGGACCCUGGAGUCUGGCCUGGAGCCGAAUGGCAGUGCCCUGCCCCCCACUGAGGGACCACCUGGCCCCAGGAACCAGCCCAACACGGCUCUGCUGUCCCUCAUCCUCAUGCUUGGGACCUUCCUCAUUGCCUUCUUCCUGCGCAAAUUCAGGAACAGCCGCUUCCUUGGUGGCAAGGCUCGCCGCCUCAUUGGGGAUUUUGGCAUCCCCAUCUCCAUCCUGGUGAUGGUCCUGGUAGACUACUCCAUUACAGACACCUACACACAGAAGCUGACCGUGCCCACAGGGCUCUCAGUGACCUCCCCGCAUAAGCGCACGUGGUUCAUCCCACCCCUGGGCAGUGCCCGCCCUUUCCCUCCCUGGAUGAUGGUGGCAGCUGCUGUCCCUGCCCUCCUGGUCCUCAUCCUGAUAUUCAUGGAGACACAGAUCACAGCGCUCAUCGUCAGUCAGAAGGCGAGGAGGCUGCUCAAGGGCUCUGGCUUUCACCUUGACCUAUUGCUGAUUGGUUCCCUGGGUGGCCUCUGUGGGCUGUUUGGGUUGCCCUGGCUUACAGCUGCCACCGUCCGCUCUGUCACCCAUGUCAAUGCACUGACAGUGAUGCGCACUGCCAUUGCACCUGGUGACAAGCCCCAGAUCCAGGAAGUGCGGGAGCAGCGGGUCACCGGGGUGCUCAUCGCAAGCCUCGUGGGCCUGUCCAUCGUCAUGGGAGCUGUAUUGCGGCGGAUCCCACUGGCUGUGCUCUUUGGGAUUUUCCUGUACAUGGGCGUCACCUCACUGUCUGGUAUCCAGCUGUCCCAGCGUCUGUUACUCAUCUUCAUGCCGGCAAAACACCAUCCAGAGCAGCCCUAUGUGACUAAGGUGAAGACAUGGCGGAUGCACCUGUUUACCUGCAUCCAGUUGGGCUGUAUUGCCCUGCUCUGGGUGGUCAAGUCCACAGCGGCCUCUCUUGCCUUUCCCUUCCUGCUGCUGCUCACGGUGCCUCUGAGGCGUUGCCUUCUGCCCCGGCUCUUCCAGGACAGGGAGCUGCAGGCGCUGGACUCAGAAGAUGCCGAACCAAACUUUGAUGAGGAUGGCCAGGAUGAGUACAACGAGCUGCACAUGCCUGUGUGACCCUCUCGGAUGGUGCCCCUCACAGACCCUACAUUAGUGAUCAACACUGGGGCCCCAGGCCAAGCCCAGCGCUAGGGCCAGGGAUGUGCCUGGAGCUUUGACUGAUGCCAGGCUAGAGUGGCCGUCUGACUUCAGCCCAGGACCUUGCACAGAACAGACGGGCACAGGCUUUGAGCUCAUUAUAACCACACUCCUUGUCUUGUG